AACCGAACCGAACCGAGCAAUUCAAUUGGCACUUGGCAAAAACACCAAAAAAAACCAAAUUGUUCAACAUUCCAUUCAAUGUUGUACGAAUGUUACCGAUAAGUUGGCCAUUUUGGUCAGCAUUAUGUAUAUUGGCACCAUUGAUACAAUAUUCAUGUGUUUAUGUAUCAACAUUUACAAUGACAUUGAUUGCAUUACAUCGAUUAUGGAUGGUAAGACAACGUUCGGCAACAAAUGCAGGGAAAAAUUCCUGGAAAAAAGUAGCAUUAAUGGUAAUGGGUAUUUGGUUAAUUGCAAUAACAUUAUCAAUACCACAUGCAUCAUUUAAUCGUGUAAAAGAAAAACGUUAUUAUGGCCGUUUAUUAUAUCGUUGUCGUAUACAAUAUCCACGUGUAACAUUUAAUUUUCCAUUAAUGAUGACUGUUGAAGUAUUAAUAACACAAUAUUUAUUACCAUUAUCAAUAACAUUAAUUGUUUAUGUUAAAAUUGGUAUUGUAAUUGCAAGACAAGGUGCAUUAAUUUGUAAAUUAAGUGAUGAACGUAAACGUCGUCAAUCUGAAGCAAAACGUCGUCGUAUAUUUAUGUUGGCAUUAGCUGUUGCAACAUUUGCAACUUGUUGGGCACCGAUUAAUCUUUAUGUAUUAUUAGUUGAUAUGGGUGCUGUUGAAUUUCAUCAAGUUGCAUUUAUUAUGUGCCAUUGGUUUGCAAUGUCUUCGGUUUGUUACAAUCCAAUCAUUUAUUGUUGGUUAAAUGAAAAAUUUCGUAAUGGAGCAAAACAAUCAUUACGUACGAUAUUGGAAUUUGCUCAUAUUUCGGCUAAACAUUCAAAUUUAACCAAUAAUAAUAAUAACAGCAGUACAAUUAAUAUUAACAACAAAAUUGAUUUACAACAACAACAACAACAACAACAAUCAAUUUUACAGCAACCAAUUUGUAUACAGAAAAAUAAUAGAACCAUAUCAACAACAAUGGAUAUGAAUCUUGUUGAUGAUGAUGAUGAUGAUGAUAAUAAUAACAACCAAAUUAUACGUAGUAAUGGUAAUGUAAUCAAUAUGAUGAUUACAACAACAGCACCAACUAUAACAACAACAACAACAACAUUAUCAACAUGGGAUCAUACAAAUGUUGAUCAAGAAUUCAAUGACAUUGAUGAUGAUGGACACAAAAAUUUCAAUUUAAAAUUGAAAAAAAUCAACAAUAAUGAUGAUUUAAAUGAUGAAUCAACAACAUCUUCAUCGAAAGAAGAAAAUUUCAUCUUUUAA